CCCCCCACUAGUCUGUCGUCACAAAACCAAACCCCAAGAGAUUCACAAUUUCCAUCGCAGAGAAGAGAAAGACAUUGAUCAUGGCGGUCGGGAUACUGGAAGUUCAUGUGGUGAGCGCGAAAGGCCUCAAAAGCACCGAUUUCCUUGGUGGAAUCGAUCCGUACGUGGUGGUUCAGUACAGAAACCAAGAGCGCCAAACCAGCGUUGCCAGAGGGGCAGGUGGGAGCCCAGAGUGGAACGAGAAGCUGACAUUCAGAGUGGAGUACCCAAUCAAUGGUCAAGGCGGCGGCGGCGGCGAACACAAGCUCCUCCUCAAGAUCAUGGACCACGACACCUUCUCUGCGGAUGACUUUCUUGGCCUUGCUACGAUUCACCAAGUGAAAGAUUUGUUGGAAAUCGGGGUGGAGAAGGGGAGCUCGGAGCUGCAUCCUUGCAAGCACAGUGUGGUCACUGCUGCAAAUUCUUACUGCGGUGAGAUUAAAGUUGGCCUCACCAUCACCAUUAAGCAGGAAGGGGGUGAUGGUGGCCAAGGGCAGCAGUUUGGAGGGUGGAGGCAGAGCAGAGACUUUUAGCCAUUAGUUACUAUGUGCAUUCAGAGUUGUGUAUGUUUCAAAUUAUGUGUUGGUCUGGAUCAGCUUCUUGAUCUUGAACCCAGAGGAUGUAACGUGUGCGUUUAAUGCAAAUUAGGUUGGGCUUGUGUUGUCUUUGUUAUGUAUAUCAUCUCUACCAGCUUUCUGCCUCUCUACGGUUUUGCUCAAUCGUAUUAGUUGAAUGAUACAGAAGUAUACCUACUUAGCGUUUGCCCCCAGAAGAAGCAAAUGAGUGUACUACAAUUCUUCACAAACUUACCCUUUCGAUCUGUGUUUCGGAGAGAAGAGGGACGAAAAGAAAAAACGGGGGAGAGUGGGAGCCGAGAAUUUGUGCAGCAAGCUUAUCCUUAAGCUGUGCGGAUUUGUAAAAUGAUUGUUAAGAAUAUAAUGUUAGAAUAAAAAUUAUC